CAACUUUGAAGAUCUGCUUUGCGUGGGAGUGUGGGUGUGUGUAUGGCCCUUCACUUUUUUUCAAGGGGCAACAACCGUGCUUCCCUGUUGAGAGAUCGUCCAGGCAAAACCUCUAUUUUAGUUUCUCAAAUGAUUCCUUUGCAGCUUCAGGCUUGACAGACUAUUUGGGGAACCUUGACUGUUCUCUGGAUACCCUCACUGAGCCAAGUGGCGGGAAUGAAAGAUGAGUGAUUUUGAUCAAUGGAUUUCUGGGAAGCAUGGAAAAAUGGAAGAAGGUCCUCUCCCUCUGUUGACUUUUGCUACGGCUCCCUACAAUGACCAGAAACCAGGAACUAGCGGAUUAUGGAAGAAAACUUAUUAUUUUGAGUCAAAGCCAUGCUAUCUGGAGAAUUUCAUCCAGAGUAUAUUCUUUUCCAUAGACCUAAAAGAGCGCCAGGGAUCAUCACUGGUGGUUGGUGGAGAUGGUCGGUAUUUUAAUAAGUCAGCAGCAGAAACAAUAGUGCAGAUGGCUGCCGCCAAUGGGAUUGGUCGCUUGGUCAUUGGGCAGAAUGGAAUCCUCUCCACCCCUGCUGUAUCCUGCAUCAUUAGAAAAAUCAAAGCCAUUGGUGGAAUCAUUCUGACAGCCAGCCACAAUCCAGGAGGGCCCAAUGGAGAUUUUGGAAUAAAAUUCAAUAUUUCUAAUGGAGGUCCUGCUCCAGAAGCAAUAACUGAUAAAAUUUUCCAAAUCAGCAAGACAAUUGAAGAGUAUGCAAUUUGCCCUGACCUGCAAAUAGACCUUGGAGUUCUGGGAAAGCAGCAGUUUGACCUGGAGAACAAAUUCAAACCCUUCACAGUGGAAAUUGUGGAUUCAGUGGAAGCUUACGCCACGAUGCUAAGAAACAUCUUUGAUUUCAAUGCACUGAAAGAACUGCUUUCUGGGCCAAACCGACUAAAGAUCCGUAUCGAUGCCAUGCAUGGAGUUGUGGGACCGUAUGUAAAGAAGAUCCUCUGUGAAGAACUUGGCGCCCCUGCAAACUCGGCAGUCAACUGCGUUCCUCUGGAGGACUUUGGAGGCCACCAUCCAGACCCCAACCUCACCUAUGCAGCAGACCUGGUGGAGACCAUGAAGACAGGAGAGCAUGAUUUUGGGGCUGCCUUUGAUGGCGAUGGGGAUCGAAACAUGAUUCUGGGCAAGCAUGGGUUUUUUGUGAACCCCUCAGACUCUGUGGCUGUCAUUGCUGCCAACAUCUUCAGCAUUCCUUAUUUCCAGCAAACCGGGGUCCGUGGCUUUGCACGCAGCAUGCCCACGAGUGGUGCCCUGGACCGGGUGGCUAAUGCUACAAAGAUCUCUUUGUAUGAGACUCCAACUGGCUGGAAGUUUUUUGGGAAUUUGAUGGAUGCAAGCAAACUGUCCCUUUGUGGGGAGGAAAGCUUCGGCACUGGUUCUGACCACAUCCGUGAGAAGGAUGGGCUCUGGGCCGUCCUUGCCUGGCUCUCCAUCCUAGCCACCCGCAAGCAGAGCGUGGAGGACAUACUGAAAGAUCACUGGCAAAAGUAUGGCCGGAAUUUCUUUACCAGGUAUGAUUAUGAAGAGGUGGAAGCUGAGGGAGCAAACAAAAUGAUGAAGGACUUAGAGGCCCUGAUGCUCAAUCGCUCCUUUGUGGGGAAACAGUUUUCAGCAGGUGACAAAGUUUACACUGUGGAGAAAGCAGAUAACUUUGAAUACAGUGACCCAGUGGAUGGAAGCAUUUCAAGAAAUCAGGGCUUGCGGCUCAUUUUUGCAGAUGGUUCUCGCAUCAUCUUCCGACUGAGCGGGACUGGGAGUGCAGGGGCAACUAUUCGACUGUACAUCGACAGCUAUGAGAAGGACAUCGCCAAGAUCAACCAGGACCCCCAGGUCAUGUUGGCCCCCCUCAUUUCGAUUGCUCUGAAGGUGUCCCAGCUCCAGGAAAGGACAGGACGUACGGCACCCACCGUUAUCACCUAAGAAGACAGGCUGAAUGUGGUACGUCCCUCCACCCCAGGACCCAUCCAAGUCAUCUGAUGGAAGAGCACAGACGGAACCAAAGUGUAUUUACCCAAGCUUUUAGGAUUUGGUCUUUCUGCUAACCAGAUGGUGAUGAAUGGUGCAUUUGUGAGGCACUGCCAACCAAGAUGCUUGUGGGAGCCAUGUGGGAAAGAGGACCCAGGGGCUUAUACUAAUGGCAAUUCCUUUUCAUGCCCUUACGCAGUGCUGCUGUGUGGGUAUUUAUCUCCUUAGUACCAGGUACUGUUUACACUGCAUUGUAAAAUGGAGGCUGAACAUCAGCUACAAAGGCCAUUAUUCAUCCUUAGAGUGUGCCAAUGAGAUGACAGUGUAAGUUACUUUCUCCUUGGUGAAACUUCCCCUCCAUUUACUGUUCACAUGUAACCCAGCAAUUCAAUUUCUGGUGCCUUCUCCCCAGUCAGUUUGUUCCACGGAGUGAGACGUACAAAUCUCUAUCUUAUUUUGCAACAUACUCCCACUCCCACAGAAAUUUUGGGAUAUUAAAGCAAAAUAAGCUGCUAUUUCUCGAUUGUCUUUUUUCUUUCUUUCUUCCUUAACUACAAAAUGCUCUUUUGGUUUCAGAAAGAAAACGUAUAUUUUUUUGAGGAGGAGAGUGUGAUAUUUUGUUUUGAUGGGAAAACCAGAAAACAAAACAGCCUCAGUGCUAGGUUUAAAUCCUUAGACUCAAGAAGUGUAAUGUCAAGUUGUAGCAGGGCCAACUGAGCCCUGGGUCCAUCUGAGGUAGAUAAACUAAGUUUGACAUGGUUAACUUGGAAUAGGGAAAAGAAGAUGAUUUCUAGGAGAUUAAAUAGCAAAGCACUGCCAUGUGUCUUCGAUGCUGAAAUGCUGUGAUGCCUAUUGAGGAGAAUCUAAGAGCAGGGUGACUAGCCAUUUGGCUGGAAAUCUUGAGCCCAGUGGCAUUUUAUCCAUCUUAGAAAAUUUAUAUUCAGCCCACGAGUAUAAUGCAGUAAAGAGCAUAGACUUGGAACCAACAGACCCAAGUUUGAAUCCCACUUGAGACCUUGAGUGACCUUUGACAAUCAUUUCCUUCAUCUUUAAAAUGAGUAUGCAAAUAACUCUGUCUGUAGAGGGUUGUUGAGAACAUUGAGUUCACCUUUGAGAAGCAGUGGGCACAGUACCUAGUUUAUGGUAGAUUGUCAAAGUGGGGACUAAAAUUAUCUCUACAAUGUUGUUUCUAGAUUUUAAAGUAUUACCCCUAAAAUCUACUUUUUAGGAAAAACAAAACUAUGACACUAAUGUUUAUAAUGCAUUUUAUAAUCUGUAAGGCACUUCUACAAAUUUACCUUGUUGUGUGGGCUACUCUAAAGAGGCAGCCCAGCUUUGCUCUCCUCCUCCCACAGUUUGGGAUCCCCAUUACAGGUGGCAGGAUCUUUAUCUAGGGUGAGAUUUCCAGUGUUGCCGUAUAUCAGGAGGGUCCAGUAUUGGUUCCGCGUUAGCCCUGUGCCAUGUGCUAAUACUUUCCAUAUACUCAUUAAAUGCUCCCAAAAAUUCUCUGAGGGAGGUGCUCUGAUUAUUCCGUUUUACAGAUGAGGUUCAGUUACUUGCCCAGGUUCACAUCACUGCAGCAUGGUGGCCCCCAGCCAGUCUGGGUCUAGCCCUGCUUGUUUCACCGCUAUUCCAAAUUGCCUCUUCUGUUUACUGGCUUGUUCUAAGCUAUUUCUAACAGGUGGAAGAAAGAUGUGAAAAUACUCCUGUAUUUUAUAUAUUCAAGGGAGACACUGGGUGCCUUUAAAGUCCCUGGGUGGCACAAAUGGUUUGCACUUGACUACUUUCAGGUUGAUGGUUUAAAUGCACCCACCAGUGCCAUGGAAGAAAGACCUGGAGAUAUGCUUCUGUAAAGAUUGUUGUUGUUGCUAGGUGCCAUCAAGUCAAUUUCAACUCCUAAGCAACUCGUAGUGACAGAAAGAACUGCUCUAUAGGGUUUUCUUGGCUGUAACCUUUAUAGAAGUAGAUCACCAGGUCUUUCCUCCCUCAGUGAGUAGGUUUGAACCACCAACCUUUCAGUUAGCAACCAAGCACUUAGUUGUUUGUGCCGCCUGUGCUCCUUUCCAUAAAGAUUACAGCCAAGAAAACCCUAUGGAGCAGUUCUACUCUGUAACACAUGGGGUUGCCAUGAGUCGGAAUCAACCUGAUGGCAAUAAGUUUGCUUUGUAUGUGUGUGUGUGUAUGUACCUUUAGGUGUGAGAGACUCUAUUAGUUUUGGCAUUGUUGUUCCCCCACAGGGGUCUUGAUAUGUGGGUAUGUGUCAGUUAUCUAGUGCUGCCAUAACAGAAAUACCAGAAGUGGAUGGCUUUAACAAAGAGAAGUUUAUUUCUUCACAGUAAAGUAGGCUAAAAGCUCACAGUCAGGGCGUCAGCUCCAGGGGAAGGCUUUCUCUCUCUGUCAGCCUUCUCAUCAAUCUUCUCCCGGACUAGGAGCUUCUCUGCACAGGGACCCCGGGUCCAAAGGACUCACUCUGCUCCGGCACUGCUUUCUUGGUGGUAUGAGGUCCCCCUGUCUCUCUGCUUGCUUCUCUUUUAUGUCUCAAGAGAUUGCCUCAAGACACAAUCCAAUCUUGUAGACUGAGCCCUGCCUUACUAACACAACUGCCACCCAUCCUCCCUCAUUAACAUCAUAGAGGCAGGAUUUACAACAUAUAGGAAAAUCACAUAGUACCUGGAAUCAUGGCCCAGCCAAAUUGAUACACACAUUUUUUGGGAGGGACAUAAUUCAAUCUAUGACAGGAAAUGUGUAUUGACCCACAUUAAGCAUGAAAUGCUGUGGGAAGGAAAGGAUGUGGACACAUACUUAAUGCCCUCAAAAUGCCCCUAAGACUAAGUGGGGGAGUCAAGUCUAGCACCAUUAAUGAUAGAAAACUAUAUAGGAUAAUGUCUUAUAAAUUGUAUACGCAAUAUCUGCUGUCAGAAUUCACGUUUUCCACAAAGUAUUCUGGUUCAGACAUUGGGCUAACUGCUUUCCAGUAUUUCCAGUAACCCUCCAAGUGAGACUUUUUUUUUUUAAUAAUUUUUAUUGUGCUUUAAGUGAAAGUUUACAAAUCAAGUCAGUCUCUCACACAAAAACCCAUAUACACCUUGCUACACACUACCAAUUACUGCCCCCCAAUGAGACAGCCUGCUCUCUCCCUCCACUCUCUCUUUUCGUGUCUUUUUCACCAGCUUCUAACCCCCUCCACCCUCUCAUCUCCCCUCCAGGCAGGAGAUGCCAACAUAGUUUCAAGUGUCCACCUGAUCCAAGAAGCCAAGUGAGAUUUUUUUUUUUCGCAUUUCAGAGUUGAGGCCACUGAAGCUCAACUGAAGCUUAAGUAACUUGCCCCAGGUCCCAUGGCUACCAUGUAGGAGGACUGAAAUUCUGAACCUGAAUCUCAUUCACUUUCCAUGACCCUUCUGCUGCCUUCCCAUCUGUUGAAUCAGCUGCAGACACUCCCAGGCCUGUGGCCCCUGGAAUGGCUCCAAAAAGCUCCUCCUAGUCUCUGAUCAUAGUUCAACUGCUUUCCUGAUCCCACUUGGCUACAGCUUUGGGAGCCAAAAGCUCAGAGGAGGAAGCGGGAGGUGGCUGGGGCUGUGGAGCAGUACGGGUGAGGGUGGGUAAGGCCGACCUUCCUUCUUCUGCGGCUUCCAGAGAGGCAGUCCCAACACAUGUGCCCUGGGGAGUGGAGGGAGACAGAACCCUGAGAGGCUGGCCAGCAGCACACAGCCACGUUCCCACCUCUCAGGAUUCAUGUGGCCUGAGAGUCAAGUCGUUUUCUAUGGGGUGUGGUGAGGAUUACGGUGAGAAAACUGAGUUGAAACUGUGGAGCCCUGCUCUGAAACUUCACUCUUCCCCCACUGCCCCCACCCGCCCUUGAUGUUCAUCUGUCACCUCAAGAAACAGCUUCCUGUUCAGGGAUGUGCCCCAGGCCCAGAAAAUGGCCAGGCUUCUGGAGGGGGCAGAGGGAGAGACUCCACAUUGUGGAGAAAGAAAGCAAAGGCCGAGCUCACUACAGUGCUGAGGGGGUCAGAAUUUGGGGGUUUGAUCUUUCAGCCUCUUUUGCCCCAGAGUUCACCCACAUUUCUUGUUGACUCAUUAGAAAACUGCUUGCCCUGUUUUGUAAGAAUGCUCCAGAAAACAUACUAUCACAGCUAAGAGACACAUGCCUUGUGUUUUUAAGUUCUGAACCAUGACAGAAGGGGAGUUGAAUAUAAGAGUAGUAACAGUCAGGCUCAGAGUCACUGGAUCUCCCUGGUCUAUGGCAGAGCCUCCUUGUGGUCGUUCUUGCCCCCUCUGAUCCAUUUUGCACUUCACAGUCUAAGCACUCUGUCUGAAAUACUAGAUAAAGUCCAAAUGCCUUGCAGAGCCUCCAAGGGCCACAUGACCUGCCUACUGCUUGCUCCAGCAGCUCCUCUUCCUCUCCUUUCCACAUGACAUUCGAUGCUUUAACCAUGUGGAACCAGCUGAAGCAUCAAAUGUCUCAGGAAAUACCAGGCUGUCUUGCCUCCAGGCCUUGGUACAUGCUGUUCCCUCUGCUUGGCACACCUUUUCUCUCUGCCUCACCCUCAGUAUUCACCCUACCCCUACUAGUUCUUCAGGUCUCAACUUAAACAUCGUUUCCUCCAAGAAGCGCUUUCCGAGCCUCCAAUGUCUGGUUUGAGAGUUUUUUCUAGUGUUCCCAUAGCACCCUGUUUCCCCUGUCAUGGCACUUACCAUCCUCAGUGUUCAUAGCCUGUUUACUUUCUUAAAUUCUCAUACUGCCUAGAAACUCCUAGAGGGCGGGGACUACUCUUUCACCAAUGCGCACCCAGGAUCUAGCCCUGUGCCAGGCACAUAAUAAAAGCUCAAUAAAUAUUUUUGGAAUGAGUGAAUGAAAUCUACUAGAUACCCGGCAGCGUGUUAAAUUUUGCUGUGACCUCCUCAACCUAUGAGGUAUGAUUAUCUUAAUUUUACAGAUGACAAACGUCUUGACCAAUUUUCACAGCUAGUAACUAGCUAACCAAGAAUUUGUUCAUAAAGCUUCAGAGCCUGCAGGUGAGAAAGCACCCAGAACAUAGGUUCAGGGUGGGUACUGGCAGCAGAUGAGAGAUAUGUAUCAUAGUCACAUUGAAUAAAACUAUUUUAAUUUAAAUGUUGAAAAGUAAUUUAUUACCCAUAGCUACACAAAUUAAUUGGAGGUGGAAUUGGGGAAAGGCUUUAUUAAAUUAGCCUGAAUAUCCCAGAGUGGUGCAAAUAGCUAACACACUCAGCUGCUAAUAGAAAAGUAGGAGAUUCAAGUCCUCCCAGAGGUGCCUUGGAAGAAAGGGCUGGUGAUCCACUUCUGAAAAAUCAGUCAUUGAAAACCCUAUGGAGCAGAGUUCGACUCUGAUGUACAUGAUGUCACCAUGAGUUGGAGUCAACUCAGCAACAAGUGGUUUGGUUUAGAAAGAGGUUGUUUUUCUUCAAGGAAUAGAAUCUACAAAGCUAGGCCCCGGACCGUAAAGCUGCUGUCUCAGCAG